AUGUACCCACAAAAAAGCGCGGGAAUAUUAUUCCAAAUAAGAACAAUUAAAAGAUGGCUAGAAUUACCUAUAUCACAGAAUAAGGCCGCAAAACUUAAACGAAAUGAAACCCGAUCUGCGACUGAAAAAAUGAGAGAAAUGGCAUUCAGAGGAACACAUAAGUUGGUUAUGGUGGCGUAUUGUUCCUCCGUUACUGGA